AUGAAUACCCGGCCAGCUAUUGACGACACCGCUGGCCCGGUCUCGCUGUCAGCUGCCUUUAACCACGACAGCAGCUGCUUCUCUGUUGGUCUUGAUACGGGAUUUUGUGUCUUCAACGCCAAUCCCUGUGAACUCAGGGUAUCACGAGAUUUUAAUGCUGGCAUUGGAAUCGCGGAAAUGCUUGGCCGAUCAAAUUACGUAGCCCUUGUUGGCGGAGGCAGACAGCCUAAAUUUCCUCAAAACAAGGUCAUAAUAUGGGAUGAUGCCAAGCAAAAAGUGGUCAUCACUCUCGAAUUCCGCACUCAAGUUCAUCGAGUCCGCCUCUCUCGCACACGUAUUGUGGUCGCCUUGCAGAACAGCAUUCACGUCUACGCUUUUUCAUCUCCUCCAGAGAAAUUAUCCGUCUUUGAGACCGCAGACAAUCUUCUCGGGCUUUGCUGUCUAGGAUCCAAGAUUCUAGCGUUCCCAGGCCGCUCUCCGGGUCAAGUACAACUUGUGGAAAUUGCUAGUGGAAACGUUAGCAUCAUACCGGCGCAUGGGACACCGUUGCGAGCAUUAGAGUUGAGUCCAGAUGGGGAGAUAUUAGCGACAGCAAGUGAGACUGGUACUCUCAUCCGGGUCUUCUCAACCAGUAACUGCGCUCGCAUCGCUGAGCUGCGACGAGGCGUGGACCACGCAACAAUCUUCUCCCUUGCUAUAUCGCCGUCUAGCAACCUCCUGGCAGUGACAUCUGACAAGUCGACCUUACACAUAUUUGAUAUCCCACAUCCCCUCAAUCCCGCAAAUAAAUACAGCUCAACCAACACACCAUCCCCAGCUGGUUCCGACGACGAUGGACCAAGUCAGAAAUGGGGCAUACUCGGGAAGAUUCCACUCCUGCCGCGUGUCUUCUCGGACGUAUAUUCCUUUGCAACUUCGCAUUUUGAGAUUGGAGAUGACCCGCAAGUUGCACCUGGGAGCUCGCUUCAAGGACUCAACGCGCCGAUCCCAGGCAUUCCUGGAGGUCGUCCGCCAAAGGGUCUUAUAGGAUGGGCAUCAGACGAUACCAUCCUAGUUAUUGGUGCCGGUCGCGAAGCUCGCUGGGAGAAAUUCGUCGUAGUCCCGACAGAGGAUGGCCGGCGAGCCUGCCUGCGCGACGGAUGGCGGCGAUAUAUGGGAGGAUGA